UAAUGUAAACAAGACAAUAUGGUGGGACAAUGUUGCCGACAUGAAAAUUUAUAUUAAUGCAAGCAAAGAAACAAAACAAAAUAUUAUCUGCAAAGUCAUCCAUAGCUUCUUCCACCCCAGCCUCAACUUCAGCUCUCAAUCCUCCCACCCGUGAACCAUAUAAGAAGCCAAAAGUUGAGAUUAUAAAAAACUUACAACCCAUAACAGAGUAACAGCAAAAGCCAUUUCUUCUUCUCUUUAGCUCCCUAGAAGUAGCCAUUAAUCUCACUACACUGCGCUCUUUCAGGCUCCAGAAUAUGGGCACAGCUCUCAGAAACUUGCUCUUAUUAGUUACUUUCAUCAUCUGCUUCACUCUGCAAUCCACUGCUGGUGCCGAGCAAAAGCAGCGCAUUCCAUUUGUAAAGGUGGUGGGUUCUGUCUAUUGCGACACAUGCUCUCAGCAGGAGUUCUCCACAUUCAGCCACUUUAUUCCAGGUGCUUCGGUUGCGAUAACAUGCAACAGAAUUGGAAAAGACAAACUCAGCUUUCAGGAAGAGGUGAAGACAAACAAUCAAGGAGCAUUCAAAAUACGCAUUCCCGUGGAAGUAGCAAGCAGAACUGGCAAAGAGAUAAAAUCAUGUUCAGUGAAAUUGGUGAGAAGCAGUGAGCCGUUCUGCUCUGUGGCUUCCCCUCUAACUUCUGCAGUUCCCCAGCUCAAAUCAAUAAGGAAUUCUGUUCCGGUUUUUUCAGCUGGUUUUUUAACUUUCAGACCAAUGAAGCAGCCAGAUGUUUGCAAACAGAAGAGAAAACCUUCGUAUUCUGCAAAAUCCUCACUUUUUGAUCAGAAGUUGAUGCAAUCUGCAGUCUCUUUUAUGCCACCAAUUCCAUUCCUGCCUUCGCCACCAAACAUCGGCGGAAUCCCUUUGCCACUCAAUCCACUUCAGCCACCACCAUCAAUAUUACCACCGCUUCCCUUUCAGCCAUCACCGCCACCAUUUAUCAACAUUCCGCCGCUUCCUAACAUUCCUCCACUUCCAAAUGUUCCGUCACUUCCUACCUUGGCUCCCCCGCCGCCACCACCAUCAGCAUCUAUUUUCCCUCCAUUGCCAUUCCCUCCUAUUAUCCCAGGUAAUCCACCCGCUUCGCCUGCACAGAGAAAUGCUCCAUGAAGAAGAUGAACUGCUUAAUGUACUGUUAUUGUUAUCCUUAUGCAUCAAAUAAUGCUAGAAAGCAUGCCACGUGUUGAAUAACAUGUGUUUCAUGCUUUCAGAGAGACUCAAUUUUCAAAGCUUGCUCUGUACCGUUCACAUUUAAGGUAGAAACUAUCAUCCUCCAUACGGAACUCUGGUUUGUGCUGGUAAACAUCAAUUACAUGUGUCAAUUAUCAAACACACCAUAUAAUAGUAGCUGAAUUUUGCAGUUGCGUGCGAAAUUACACAGAAAAGUAGCAUAUAACUCAAUUAAGGUAAAGAUGGAGCUUAAACACAAAUGUAACCAACAAAAUUCAAAACAACGUUAAGGGCACCAAUUUCGACGACAACAACAACAGGCCUUCAUC